AUGGUGGCCACCAAGAUCGAUGGCACGGCUAUUGCCAAGAAUAUUCGGGAGGGGUUGAAGGCUGAAAUUGAGGAGAUUCAAAAGUCUAAUCCCAGAUUCAUCCCUAGCUUGGUUAUCUUCCAGGUUGGAGACAGAUCGGAUUCAAGCACCUAUGUUCGCAUGAAACUAAAGGCUGCCACGGAGGCGAACGUCCUUUGCAAGGUCAUCAAUUUCCCCGAGUCCAUCACAGAGCUUGAGAUCAUCCAGGAGAUCAACAAGGCAAACAACGACUCAUCCGUGCACGGUAUUCUCGUCCAAUUACCUCUUCCAGGACAUAUUUCCGAACAUGCAGUCACCUCAGCCGUAGCCGAUGAAAAGGAUGUCGAUGGUUUUGGUGCUAUCAACAUUGGUGAAUUGGCAAAACGGGGCGGUAACCCCUUGUUUGUACCCUGUACACCACAGGGUGUCAUGGAGCUCCUCCGUGUUAGCGGAGUUGAUCCCGCAGGCAAGGAGGCAGUGGUCCUUGGACGCAGCGACAUAGUUGGAAGCCCUGUCAGCUACCUCUUGAAAACCGCCGAUGCAACUGUCACCAUCUGCCAUUCGAAGACUCCCGACCUACCGCGGAUAAUAAAGACAGCGGAUAUUCUCGUUGCAGCAAUUGGAAAAGCGGAGUUUGUCAAGGGUGAAUGGUUAAAACCAGGUGCCGUGGUCAUCGACGUCGGCACCAACUACAAACCCGAUCCUACGAGGAAGUCAGGUCAAAGACUUGUUGGCGAUGUUGAUUUUGAGUCUGCCGUGCAAGUGGCAUCACAGAUCACCCCUGUUCCUGGCGGUGUAGGCCCUAUGACAGUGGCCAUGUUGUUGAAGAACGUGGUGACUUCUGCCAAAGCUUACUUCAACAAGCAGAAGGCUAGGCGUAUUACCCCUCUGCCACUUAAAUUGGCUCGCCCAGUCCCUUCUGAUAUCGCUAUUUCCCGGGCGCAACAUCCCAAGCCUAUUACUCAGCUUGCUUCCGAGAUUGGCAUUGAGUCCAACGAGCUGGAGCCUUACGGUCACACAAAAGCGAAAAUUAGCCUUAGCCUUCUGGACAGGCUGGCUCACCGUCGCAACGGCAGAUAUAUCUUGGUUUCUGGGAUCACGCCCACUCCCCUCGGCGAGGGUAAGUCAACGACUACUCUUGGCCUGACCCAGGCAAUUGGAGCACAUCUAGGCAGAAUAGCUUUUGCCAAUGUCAGACAGCCCAGCCAAGGUCCCACUUUCGGAAUUAAAGGAGGUGCUGCUGGUGGAGGAUACAGUCAGGUCAUUCCUAUGGACGAAUUCAACUUGCAUCUAACCGGUGACAUCCAUGCCAUCACCGCCGCGAAUAACCUCUUGGCUGCAGCUAUUGAAACUCGCAUGUUCCAUGAAUCUACUCAGAAGGACGGGCCUCUCUACAGGCGCUUGGUCCCCGCCAAAAAGGGCAAGCGCGAAUUCCAGCCGGUAAUGUUCAAGAGGUUGAAGAAGCUCGGUAUUACCAAGACCAAUCCCGACGAUCUAACUGAGGAGGAAAUCCGACGUUUUGCACGUCUCGACAUUGACCCGGAGACCAUUACUUGGCGUCGUGUCCUGGAUGUUAAUGACCGUCAUCUCCGAGGUAUUACAGUGGGACAAGCGCCCACUGAGAAGGGUCACACUCGCCAGACCGCUUUUGACAUUUCCGUUGCCAGUGAAUGCAUGGCCAUCCUCGCUCUGAGCAACAGUCUUGCGGACAUGCGCGAAAGACUGGGACGCAUGGUCGUCGCCACCUCACGGAGCGGUGACCCGGUCACCUGUGACGACAUUGGCGCUGGAGGAGCUCUUGCAGCUCUCAUGAAGGAUGCCAUUAAACCCAACCUGAUGCAAAGUCUGGAAGGAACUCCGGUCAUGGUUCACGCUGGUCCUUUUGCGAACAUCAGUAUCGGAGCUAGCUCAGUGAUUGCGGACAAACUGGCCUUGAAGCUCGCUGGUACGGAGCCGGAUGAGGACCAUGAGGCCAAGACUGGUUUUGUUGUUACCGAAGCCGGUUUCGACUUCACCAUGGGAGGUGAGCGCUUCUUCAACAUCAAGUGCAGGUCUUCUGGUCUCUCUCCAGAUACUGUUAUCGUUGUUGCUACAGUCCGCGCUCUGAAGGUACAUGGUGGCGGUCCCGAUAUCAGCCCGGGUGCUGCACUGCCGGAAGUCUAUCGUACAGAGAAUGUUGACCUCCUGAGAAAGGGUUGCGUCAACCUUAAGAAACACAUCGAAAAUGCAAAGCAGUAUGGAGUUCCUGUGGUUGUUGCGAUCAACCUCUUUGAAACCGACACCGAGGACGAGAUUGCCGUCAUCCGAGAGGAAGCCAUUGCUGCGGGGGCGGAGGACGCUAUUCCUGCCAGUCACUGGGCAGACGGUGGCGCUGGAGCCGUUGAUCUCGCCAAAGCCGUUGUGGCGGCAAGCUCCAAGCCUAAAGAUUUCAAGCUCCUGUAUGAUCUUGAUGGCAGCGUCCAGGAACGCAUUGAACGGAUCGGGAAGGUGAUGUACGGAGCAGCGAAGGUCGAAUUCAGCGAGCUUGCUCAGAAGAAGGUCGACACAUACACGAAGCAGGGUUACGGCAAUCUCCCCAUUUGCAUUGCCAAGACACAGUACUCGCUCAGUCAUGAUCCUUCUCUGAAAGGAGCUCCCACCGGGUUUACUGUGCCUAUUCGGGAUGUCCGGUUGGCAGUUGGUGGUGGAUACCUGUAUGCACUUGCCGCAGAUAUCCAGACCAUUCCCGGCCUGCCAACUGCACCAGGAUAUCUCAACGUCGACAUUGAUACCGAGACCGGGGAGAUUGACGGUCUCUUUUAG